AUGGGCCUGUUGCCGCCACACGACCGCGGGACCGGACACCCGCUCGAGACCCCGCGGGCAGCGAGACCGGCGGCGCGGAGAGACGGCGAGGGAACGGAGAACGUCGGCACCGCGGCCUCCGGAGGCACUCGCGACGGCCACCGCCCCGACGCGCGCACGGGGGAGAACCACACCCGCGGACGGGAGGGGCACCCGCGCCGUCGUCCAACCGAGGGCCACCCGGCGGUGGCGAGAGCGGAGCGGCAACGGGAGGAGCGAGCGGACGGCGGACCCAGGGAGCGAAAGCGCUGGCCGCCGGAGCCGCAGCGGCGGGCGAGACCUCCGAGCGCGGGCGAGCCGCGGGACCGGGACGCCGGCAGCAGCCCGGUGGACAGACGGGAAGUGGAGGAGAGGAAGAGGCCCCCCCGCGAGGGGGGCCCCGCGAGAGGCAAAGGAACGCCGGCAACCUCCGACCGCCACGCGGGUCGAGACCGGAGGAGGGGAGGCGGCACGAAAAAGGGCGGCAGCGCGGGGCGGGGGGCGAGCCGAGGGUGCCCCAGGGAGGGCGAACCCUCCGCGGGCCGGGAUGCCCCAAAGGCGGGGCCCCGGCACCCGGCGACGGCCACCGCCGCCGCCGCCGCCGCCGCCGCCAACGGCCCACCGCGGGAAUCUCACCACCCGAGGCCUCCGAGCACAAGGGCGGUCCCGCGGCAGCCGAGGACGGACGACGACGACGACGACGACGGCCACCCUGCCACCGGGCGGGCGAGACUCGCGCUACACCCCGGCCACGACCACCGCCAGCGCGGACAGCCCCAACGCGAGGCAGGGAAGGCCGACGGCGCCCAGAGCCUCCACAAACCGCUCUUCCUCUUCCCUCUGCCCAUCCGAGUCCUGCCGGAGGGUCCGGGCAACACAGCCUCCCUCAAGAGCCUGCAGUUCCAAGCUCCACCGCCGGUCCUCGCGGGCUGGCGCCUCGACAGCGGGACCAAUGUCGACUCGGACGCCGACAUCCUGGAACGCCGCCUCGGGCAGUGA